AUGCAGAUGCCAGACAUGCCCAUGGAGGUCCCUGUGGACGACCCCAACGCAGACACAGAAUGGAACGACAUCCUCCGCAAGCACGGCGUGAUCCCCGAGAAGCCACCGUCGCCUACGCCCAUGAUCCAAGAAGCCCUCGAAGAAGCCCGCCGCCUCGCCCACGAAAACCGCCUCGAAGGCAAAGACCUGGAAGAACUGGAUGCGCUCGAAGACGAAGAAGACGAGGACUUUUUGGAAUCAUAUCGGCAAAAACGCAUGGCCGAACUCGCGACCACCACCGCUGCGUCGAUAUACAACCAAGUCUACCACCUCCAGAAACCAGACUACUCGCGCGACGUGACGGACGCGUCGAAAGCGGCGUUUGUGUUUGUCCUGCUCACGUCGUCACAGGGUACGAACACCGAGUCGCGCGUGCUGAUUGAGAUAUGGCGGGAGCUGGCGAAGCGGUUUGGCGACGUCAAGUUCUGCCAGAUGCGCGCGGAUUUGUGCAUCGAGGGAUAUCCGGAUAAGAAUACACCCACGGUGCUGGUGUACAAGGAUGGGGAUAUUAAGAGGCAGAUUGUUACGUUGAGGGAGUUGGGUGGCGUGAGGACGAGUACACAGGGUGCGUAUUCGUUGUUCGUUAUUUUGGGUUUGCGUACUGACACCUUUGUUGUAGAUGUUGAGAAAGUUUUAGUGGAUCUUGGGGCGGUCAAACUUAACGAUCAGCGGUUGCAGAAGAAGAAGGAUGUUGAGGAUGAACCAAAGGGGAAGAUAAGGCAGGGUAAGACGACGGGAGACGACGAGGAUAGUGAUUGGGAUUGA